AUGGUGUCGGUAUCUCGUGAAAUAUAUCGUGUUUCGGCAUCGAAGGUGCUGCAAGAGACGUGUAACUACAUAAGGAGCUUGCACAGAGAGGUCGAUGAUUUGAGCGAGCGGUUAUCGGAGCUUUUGGAAUCGACGGAUGGCGAAAGUGCUCAAGCAGCCAUAAUUAGGAGCUUGUUAAUGUAAUAUUAAUAAUAGCUAAUUAAUUAAUUAAUACUUAGUUAAAUUACUAAUUAAUUAUGAUAUAUGCUCUGUCAAUUGUUGUCUCUAGGGUUUGGUCACUAUAUUAGGCCAACUUAGGACUUUUUAGCUACUUUGAUGCUAUAUUGUAUCUUUAUAGUAUCUUUAGCUAUUUACAAAAUAUUAUUACUUUGCCUUUUUG